AUGUCCAGCUCUGACCUCGUUAUCGUUGGGUCUUCGGGCUCUUCUUCUGGAGAUAACUCUAGCAUAAUGCUCACCAACCAUGAAGAGGAGGGGACUGGUGGUAUCACGUCUUUCAGCGACGACCCUCCUUGCAUUGUGGGCAUAGCAUGUCGUCUUCCGGGGGACAUCGGCUCCCCCUCAGAUCUGUGGGACUUUCUAGUUGAGCAAAAGUCAGCUCAGGGGCCAGUACCACCUGAACGAUACAACAUCGGCGGUUUCUACCACCCCAGCCCAAACCGUAGUGGCAGCACGAACGUGCCAGGAGGUUAUUUCAUCAACGAGGACCUACGACAAUUCGACAAUUCCUUUUUUGGCAUUAAUAACCUAGAAGCUACAUAUAUGGAUCCGCAACAACGUAAAUUGCUCGAGGUUGUAUACGAAUGCCUCACGAGUGCUGGCGUGACUAUGGACAGUGUCUCCGGGUCCACCACCGGCGUCUUCGUUGCCAACUUUUCAGUCGAUUACCAACCCAUUCAAACACGCGACCCGGAUUACCUACACAGAUAUGUUGCAACUGGUUCAGGCGCCACUGUCAUGUCCAAUCGCAUUAGCCAUAUCUUUAACCUUCACGGGCCAAGCAAUACGAUAGAUACUGCGUGCUCUUCAUCUAUCUACGCCCUCCACCAGGCUACCAACGCUCUCAAGACGGGCGAUUGUGAUAGUGUCAUCGUCGCAAGCGCUAAUAUGAUAAUGUCGCCUGAACUACAUAUCGCAGCAGCGAAGAGCGGCGUUCUCUCACCUAAUGGUACAUGCCGAACUUUUGAUGUAGCAGCAGACGGUUAUGGUCGAGCCGAAGGAGUCAACGCUAUUUAUAUAAAACGUUUAUCGGCCGCACUUAGAGAUGGAAACCCCAUUCGAGCCAUCAUCCGCGGUAGUGCAGUGAACGCGAGCGGGAGGACCCCUGGGAUCUCGCUGCCAAGCGGGAAGCUUCAAGAGGUAGUCAUGCGCAAAGCUUACCAGAAUGCCGGCCUGGACUUUGCGGGGACGGAUUAUGUCGAGUGUCACGGCACCGGCACUCCGGUGGGCGACCCUAUAGAGGUGGACGCCGUCGGAAAGUGCUUUUCGCCGCGCGAAGGGCCUCCAUUACUUAUCGGAUCGGUGAAAACCAAUGUCGGUCACAGCGAGGGAGCCAGUGGCCUCACUUCUAUCCUCAAGGUCGUCAAGUCCUUUGAGAACGGCCAAAUCCCCCCAUCGCGAGGCAUAGUCAAACUGAACCCCAAGUUGAUUCUAGGGGAACGGAAUCUGAAAGUCGCCACUGAAGUAGAGAAGUGGCCUCGGGCGCUACGUCGUGCCAGUAUCAACUCGUUCGGGUAUGGCGGCGCCAACGCCCACGUUAUUCUAGAAUCAGCCGAAAGCUACCUCGGUCAGGACUACCAAACAAAGUAUUUCUCUCCAAUCAGUGGUUUAAGCCUACUAGAUGAGCAGAAGCUUGUUGUAUUGCCUGUGUCGGCGGCAUCAUCGAAGUCGCUGGAAACGCUCAUCAGGCAAAUAUCCAACAGUGCGACUCUGUGCGCUGACGGAGCCGCCCUCCAAAGUCUGGCUUACACACUCAGUAAAGGUCGAGACCACUUGCGACACAGAAGUUUCCUUGUAGCGAAGCAUGAAGCCGGGGCCAUAACGGUGACCGAGGCUGCACCCGCCAAACCUGCAAACCAGCUACCCUUCGCCUUUGUGUUUACAGGCCAGGGAGCGCAAUUCCCUGGCAUGGCCAAAGAGCUGCUAGUUCGCAGUCAGCACUUCCGCGACACUAUCCGUCGCCUCGAUGAAGUCCUCCACGCCCUCCCUGCCCCUUACACUCCGUCCUGGACCCUCGAGCAGACUCUGCUUGACGGCCCAAAUAGCCGCAUCAAUGAAGUAACGCGCAGUCAGCCAAUAUGUACUGCAGUCCAAAUCGGGCUUGUCGACUUGCUAAGAUCCUGGGGUAUCCAACCUACAUCCGUAGUUGGCCACUCUUCUGGAGAGAUUGCGGCUGCCUACGCCGCCGGCCUCAUAAGCUGGUCGAAAGCUAUUCUAGUCGCAUACUACCGCGGUUAUGCAGUGGGCGGCUUACGCACUCGGGGUGCUAUGAUGGCAGCGGGUAUAGGUCCCGAGUCAGCCCAGGCCCUUAUUGAUAGCAAAGGACUCCAAGGAGAAGUGCGUGUCGCCUGUGCCAACUCCCCAGAAAGCGUAACUCUGAGCGGUUCUCAGGAGGGCAUCGAAGCGCUGAAGCAGGAGCUUGAGAACCAGAAAAAGUUCGUACGGAAGUUGGAAACCGGCGGGCGGGCUUACCACUCCCAUAUGAUGGAGGAGAUCGGUCCAUUAUAUGAAGAGCUUCUCACACCGUUAUUCGCCGGCGAGGGCAGUAAGAACGGAACUACUGAAGCGAAGAUGUUCUCGUCCGUCGGUCACGACCCCAAGAAGCUUAGCCUACUUGACGGCGACGUCAGCUUGGCGGCUUACUGGAGGCAAAACCUCGAGCAGCCAGUCCAGUUCAGCUCCGCUUUGGCGAAUCUAGUAGCAGCUGGAAACAACAAGAUCCACCUCAUUGAGAUUGGCCCUCACUCCGCACUCAAGGGGCCCAUCAACCAGAUCCGGACCGGCCUCAAGCUGGACGAGAAAGCCCUUCCCUAUUCAUCAACACUCGUCAGGAACGAAGACGCAGACUUUUGUAUGAAGAGCCUUGCUGGAAUACUUUUCACUUACGGUCACGCCCUUAAUUGGGAGAAAGCGGAUGGCCUGCCUGAACUUGGUUUAAGGAUACUCCAUAACCUUCCACCCUACCCAUGGGACCACUCUGGGGACUUGCUCUGGAGUGAACCCCGAGCUAGUAUUGAGAUGAGAAACCGCAAGCACUUGCGUCACGAGCUUCUCGGAACGCUAGCACUCACCGGCAACGGCAUCGAUCACACCUGGCGCAACAUUGUCCGCCUUGGAGAGAUACCGUGGAUGCCGGACCACAAGGUGGAGGACCAAAUCGUCUUCCCUGCUGCCGGAUACAUGGCAUUGGCCAUCGAGGCUGUGUCGCAGGUUACGGGAUCCAAGGGCAAGCCCGCAUCUCAACUUGCCUUCGAGUUCCGAAACGUAAAUAUCAGCGCGGCGCUUAACAUCAAGGAAGACCGAGAUAUCUACUCUGUGGCAAAGGACGUAGAACUCCACACUACCAUGUCCCUUCGUAAGAUAUCCAACGCGCACGCUUCUGUUCACUGGCACGACUUCUCUAUCUCAUCGUGGGCCAACAGUCAAACCACUGUCCACUGUACCGGGAGUAUCCGCCUCACGGACCCUCGGAGAGGAAUUGAGACAAAGCAUGAGGGAAUCAAGGUAUUAGACACGGACGGCUUCGAUGCUUGGUCCACCGACCGGUGGUAUAAGAAGUGGUAUGAGGAAGGAUUGUGCUUCGGCCCGCAUUUCCGAUCCCUGACCGGCCUUCGAACUGACGGAGGACGAAACCGGCGCGAGGUUGUCGGAGCUACCCAUAUUGUGCCUCCGGUUGCUAAGACAGGAGGUUCUGACUAUGUCGUGCACCCCGUCACCAUCGACGCAGCUCUACAAGCUGCAAUUCUUAGCACGACGGCGGGACACGUGCCAGCUCUGAAAUGUUGGCUCCCCGUGUUUAUUGCUGAAUGCAGAAUCCAGCCACCCCGGGAUGACGAGCCUGAUGUUGAGGUGAAAGUCCAUGCGCGCUCGGAGGAAACCGGUCUCUCGAGCAGGAAGAUAGAGGGCACACUAAGAGAUUCACGCGGGACACCUGUGGUCGACUUUAAGGGCGGACGCAUCUCGCUAUACACCGGCAAGGCUUCCGCGCCCUCGGCUCAAUCCGAUGGCAGCGGCGACAAUCUCCGAGACCUAUUCAUGCAACGCCAGCCGACUCUGAGGAUCCACUGGAAGCCAGACAUCAUGCGGUUAGGCCCAGAAGCCGAGAUUCAGCUGCGGGAGUACGUAGACGCCUUUGUAGAACAACAGCACCCAGAUCUAAGGGACGACGAGAGCCUGGCUGUUAUCGGGGCUCUCUUGGAUCUUGCCGGGCACAAGAACCCGCGCAUGCGCGUCCUGGAACUCGACGGAGAUACGUUUGGCUACAAGGCGAAGCAAUGGCUGAGCAUCCUGGACAAGGAGACGGCUUUCUCGCGUUGCCGGUCAUGGCAUCCGGCCAAGAUGAAUGAGGAUGGAAAUAUCACCGUACAAGAUGACGCCGAAGGUCCAUUUGAUGUCCUACUGAUCCCCAGACAUGCCGCUUCCAAACGAGUCUCGGUGGAAGAUGAGAAGCGGUUCGUGUCUCUUGUCUCUGAAAAUGGCAUCGUCAUUACUCGGAAGUCGGAUGUCUGCAUUGAUAUACUCAAGACGAUGGGAUUCGAGGUUCUAGAUGUUGGCAAGAGAGUGAUAUUGGCCGUACGGCCGCUGCAGACGAGUGUCUUACGGGGUCGAAAUGCCCUCAUUGUACGGACCGAGAACGCGUCCCCUGCGACCACCCAGCUCGCAACAGCAUUAGCGACGUACCUACAGAAGAGCGCCGGCGUGUCACAAGUUAACAUCGUAGGACUAGAGCAGAUCGACAAAACAGAGAUCGCCGAACAGGACAUCUGCAUCUCCCUUCUGGAGGCGGAGCGCGAGUUCCUCGCUACUAUGAGCCCGCAAGACAUGAACCGUCUGCGCGCCAUAACGGAUGUCGUGACAGACCUAGUCUGGUUUACGGGCGCCAACAUGCUAGGCAGUAUCCCGGACCCGAACCUGACUCUAUCGAGCGGCCUCUCGCGCGCGCUUAUGCUAGAACAGCCGACGUUACGAUACUCGGUCCUGGACGUUGGGCCGAUUAAAGAGUUGAACGUGGCCAAGGCCUGUGAAAACGUUCUGAAGGUCCUAGUUGCCAAAUACGAUAAGGACGACUGCGAAUUCGUAAAUAAGGAAGGCCUCCUGCACGUGAGCAGAUACGGACCUGAUUUCGAAGUCAACUCCCUCUUCCGGCGGCGACUAGACCCGAAAACGGAGAGGAAGACGCGAACACUCGCCGAGGCUAAGCCGGCCCGGCUAUCAAUCGACCGUGCUGGUGUCACGGACACGAUUCACUUGCAGCAGCUGUCGGAUCCAGAGCAGUACAGCGCGCCGCCAGACGGGUUCGUCGAUAUCGAUGUCAAGGCGGUCAGUCUCAACGCCAAGGAUGUAUAUGCCAUGAACGGCCGCGUAGAUACGCGCGACAAGACCACGGCGUUCGACUUCUCAGGUAUCGUGACCGCGGUUGGCAGCGGUAUCGAGCACCUAAAGGUCGGCGACCGCGCCGUGGCCUAUGCCCCCCACCACCUCGGAACGACGGUACGGGUGCCCUCCGGAUCAGUGCACAAGAUGUUGGACAGCGAAGAGUUCACGGUAGUGCCGACGCUGCUGCUCGUCUACGCCACCGCGCUUUACGCCAUUAAUCACCGGGCCCAUCUGCGAGCGGGAGAGUCCAUCCUAAUCCACGCCGGCUCCGGCGGUCUAGGUAUCGCAGCCAUCACCCUAGCCCAGGAGAUCGGCGCCACGGUGUACACCACAGUGGGCUCCCAGUCCAAGCGGGAUUACCUAAUCAAGCAACUGAACGUCCCGGCGUCCCACAUCUUCAGCUCGCGCGACGCUUCCUUCGUCCGGGAGGUCAUGGAGGCGACGGGCGGCCGCGGCGUCGACGUCGUGCUGAACUCGCUCGUCGGUGACCUGAUGCACGACAGCUGGAACUGCGUGGCCGAGUUCGGGCGCUUCGUCGAGGUCGGCAAGCGCGAGCUCCUCGACGCCGGCAAGCUGGACAUGCGCGUGUUCCUGCGCAACGUGACCUUCACUGCGUUCGACCUGUCCGAGCUCUACUAUGCCGAGGACCCCUACAAUCGCGCCAUCUGGGACAAGCUCAUGGUUGAGACGCUCGAGCUCUACCGCAGCCGGAAGAUCCGGCCCCUGCCGAUGAAGGUGUUCGACAUCAGCCAGGUCUCGCAGGCGUACCGCUACUUCGCUAACAAGGAUCGCGUGGGCAAGGUCGUCAUUUCCAUGGAGGACCCGCGGGCCCGCGUCCCGGUCGCGCCGGCUACAUUUAACAGCGUCUUUAAUCCCCAAAAGGUCUAUCUUCUCAUCGGCUGUCUCGGCGGUCUGGGCCGCAGCCUAAGCCGAUGGAUGAUGGCGCGAGGGGCCCGUCACUUUGUCUUCCUCGGCCGUUCGGGAGCGGACAAGCCCAACGCCAAAGAACUCGUAACGCGGCUCGAAAGGGCCGGGGCUACAGUUGGCGUGGUUCGCGGCGACGUCUCUAAGGCCGCCGACGUAAGCGCCUCAGUCGCAGCCUGUGCCGCCACCGGACGACCCAUCGGCGGCGUCAUCCAAGCCGCCAUGGGUCUCCACGAGGCGCUGUUCACUCGUAUGCCGAACGAGGCCUGGCAUACGGGCAUCGACCCCAAGUGGCAGGGCACCUGGAACAUCCACAACGCGUUGGAAGUGCAAGGGCAGGAUGACGCGCUCGACUUCUUCCUACUGACAUCGUCGGUGUCGGGAACCGUCGGCACGGCGACCGAGAGCAACUACUGCGCGGCGAACGGCUUCCUCGACGCGUUCGCGACGUGGCGCCGCUCGAUGGGCAAGCCCUGCGUCUCGGUGGGCCUGGGCAUGAUCUCGGAGGUGGGCUACCUGCACGAGAACCCGGAGAUCGAGGCGCUGCUGCUCCGCAAGGGCAUCCAGCCGCUCAACGAGGACGAGUUCCUCCAGGUGGUCGACCUCGCGCUCGCCAGCGAGCCGGCGCGCGACCCGCGGGAGGCGCACCUGUUGACGGGGCUGGAGCCGGCGGCGAUCCGCGAGCUGAGCGCGCGCGGCUUCGACGUCACGAGCCACGGGGUGUUGGUGGAGGCGCGGGCGGCGGUGCUGCUGGCGUCGCUGCAGGCCGAGAAGGAGGCGGGCGAGGCGCAGCCGCAGGGCGCCAGCGCAGCGGUGGCGGCCGCGCCGUGGUUCCAGGACGUGCCGCCAGCAGUGGCGGCUGCGCUCAUGCCCGAGGCCGACGCCGAGUCGAUGCAGGCGGCCGUCCUGCGCCUCGUCAAGAAGCGCUUCUCCAACCUGAUCCUGAUGCCGUUCGACCAGAUCGACGAGCGCAAGGCGCUGCCCGAGUUCGGCGUCGACAGCAUGAUCGCGUCCGAGUUCCGCGCCUGGUUCUGGACCGUGUUCCGCAUCGACGUCCCGUUCCUAGAUAUCAUGAGCGCGCAAAAGUCGCUGUCGCUUUUGGCGGAAUUCGUAGAGGUGAAGGUGCAGGCGGCUGCCACAUCGAGUUGA